AUGGAGAUCAACUCUCCGCAAGUUAUUCCUGUCGACUUGGAAAAGGCUAUUGGACCUCAGUUUCUAAGCGGCCUCCUUAGCGCCGUGCUCUUCGGAAUCCUCUCGUCUCAAGUCUACAUAUUCUACCAAGCAGUACCUGGCAAUCCCGCUUACACGAAAGCACUCGUAUACGGGAUAUAUAUCCUGGAAACCGUCCAAACAGGUCUUAUUUUCCAAACCGCCUUUCGGAAGUACGUCACCAGCUUCGGGGACUUUCAGUCACUAGAUCAAGUCGGGACGCUCUGGUUAACGGUACCAAUGCUGACUGCGGUAGGAACUGUCAUUGCUCAAACCUUUUACGCGUAUCGGGUAUAUCUCCUUUCUAAAUCUAAAGCGGUGUGCGCUGUAAUCAUGCUCCUAGCAUCCAUCCAGCUCACUGCGGGAAUGGUCUUUGCAGUCUUCGUGAAGGAUGCGCCGUUUCUCAGUCCUGUUGCCUAUCCCACAAAAGUACAUGUAUCGCUAGCGCUUUGGCACGGAGGAAGUGCCUUGUGCGACCUCGUUAUAGCUUCCGCCAUGGUAUAUUAUCUUUCGACAUUUGAAUUCCGGACGACAAACGAAUCGAUCAGUCUGACGAUUAAAAAGCUCAUUCGGUCCACUCUGGAAACGGGCAUACUCACAGCGGUCGUCGCCCUGAUUCUCAGUCUGCUUCCAAACAACGCCGCAAAUUAUCAGGCAGUUUCGCUGAUUUUUGGAAAGAUUUAUGGGAAUUCGAUGCUCGUCCUCAUAAAUCGUAGGGUCCAUUUCCGGACUGAGGACGAACGCAGGCGGGUUACGUUCACAGCAAGCGUAGGGAGCUCCGUCUUUUGGCCAAACGAAACGCGACCAACCCAUGGCCGGCUUGAGAUGGGAGGUGCUGCUAGCAAGAAUACUUCAAUGAUUGCUCUAUAA